AGAUUUGAUGAAGUAGCCCUCUGUGGAAGGAUCUGCCCGGUACCCUAAGUAAAAAUGUCUUUCCACGUAGAAGGACUGGUAGCUAUUAUCCUGUUCUACCUCCUUAUAUUUCUGGUUGGAAUAUGGGCUGCCUGGAAAACCAAAAACAGUGGUAACCCGGAAGAGCGCAGCGAAGCCAUCAUAGUCGGGGGCCGUGACAUUGGUUUGUUGGUUGGUGGUUUUACCAUGACAGCCACCUGGGUUGGAGGAGGCUACAUCAAUGGGACAGCAGAAGCUGUGUAUGGGCCAGGCUGUGGUCUAGCUUGGGCUCAGGCACCCAUUGGAUAUUCUCUGAGUCUAAUUUUAGGUGGUCUGUUUUUUGCAAAACCUAUGCGUUCCAAGGGAUAUGUGACUAUGUUAGACCCAUUUCAACAGAUCUAUGGAAAGCGCAUGGGUGGGCUGCUGUUCAUCCCUGCACUGAUGGGAGAGAUGUUCUGGGCUGCAGCAAUUUUCUCUGCAUUAGGGGCCACCAUCAGCGUGAUCAUUGAUGUGGAUGUGAACAUAUCGGUCAUUGUCUCUGCACUCAUUGCCAUUCUUUAUACCCUAGUGGGUGGGCUCUACUCUGUGGCAUAUACUGAUGUUGUACAGCUAUUCUGCAUUUUUAUAGGACUGUGGAUCAGUGUCCCUUUUGCCCUGUCACAUCCUGCAGUCACUGACAUCGGAUUCACAGCUGUGCAUGCUAAAUACCAGAGUCCCUGGCUGGGAACGAUUGAAUCAGCUGAAGUCUACACCUGGCUUGAUAAUUUUCUGUUAUUGAUGCUGGGUGGAAUCCCAUGGCAAGCCUACUUCCAGAGGGUCCUCUCUUCAUCCUCCGCCACCUACGCUCAGGUGCUGUCCUUCCUGGCAGCUUUUGGGUGCCUGGUGAUGGCUCUACCCGCCAUAUGCAUAGGAGCAAUUGGAGCCUCCACAGACUGGAACCAGACUGCAUAUGGGUUUCCAGAUCCCAAGACGAAGGAGGAAGCAGACAUGAUUCUCCCGAUCGUUCUGCAGUACCUCUGCCCUGUGUACAUCUCCUUCUUUGGGCUCGGUGCUGUUUCGGCUGCUGUCAUGUCCUCAGCUGACUCGUCCAUCCUUUCUGCGAGUUCCAUGUUUGCUCGGAAUAUCUACCAGCUUUCCUUCAGGCAAAAUGCAUCAGACAAGGAAAUUGUGUGGGUCAUGAGGAUCACUGUGCUUGUGUUCGGAGCAUCUGCAACAGCCAUGGCUUUGCUGACGAAGACUGUGUAUGGGCUCUGGUACCUGAGCUCUGACCUUGUCUACAUCAUUAUCUUCCCGCAGCUGCUCUGUGUACUCUUCAUCAAAGGAACCAACACUUAUGGGGCAGUUGCUGGUUAUAUUUUUGGACUUUUCCUAAGAAUUACUGGAGGAGAGCCCUAUCUAUACUUGCAGCCCUUAAUCUUCUACCCUGGUUAUUACCCUGACAAGAACGGUAUAUACAAUCAGAGGUUCCCAUUUAAAACUCUCUCCAUGGUUACCUCAUUCUUUACCAACAUUUGUGUUUCUUAUCUAGCCAAGUAUCUAUUUGAAAGUGGAACCUUGCCUCCAAAAUUAGAUGUAUUUGAUGCCGUUGUCGCAAGGCACAGUGAAGAGAACAUGGACAAGACCAUUCUAGUCAGAAAUGAAAAUAUCAAAUUAAAUGAACUUGCACCUGUGAAGCCUCGCCAGAGCCUAACCCUCAGUUCAACUUUCACCAAUAAAGAGGCCCUCCUUGACGUUGAUUCCAGUCCGGAGGGCUCUGGGACUGAAGAUAACUUACAAUGACCCCAUCUAAAACAUACAGAAGAGAACAUUGCUGUAGGGUAGUACUGGAAGAAAAGUUUGGAGCAUA